AUGCCGACUUUAUUUGAGGGCGGUCCAGAUCCGCUUGUUGUGGAUAGUUUCAUGGAUAGGUUGGAGAAGCACCUUAAUGCCAUGAAUUUGGUGACGGAUAAGUUAAAGAUCACAUUGGCAACCUAUAACUUUAUUGGGGAUGCUGAGAUUUGGUGGAAAAUCGUUUCUCAUACCUAUAAUUUAGAUACAAUGACUUAUGAUACAUUCAAGAAGCUGUAUUAUGAGAAGUAUUUUCUAGCACCUAAGCAGAGAGAGCUAAAUAAAGAGUUUGAUGGGUUGAAGCAGGGGAAUAUGACUGUCACUGAGUAUAAGAAUAAGUUUACAUCGCUUUUGAGGUUUACACCAGGGAUUGCCAAUGAUGAGGAGGGGAAAAUAAAGAAAUUUGUCGAUGGCCUCGACCUUACCAUCAGGCCAAUUAUAGCUGCCUCAGAACCGAUAGAGUAUGCAAAAGUAGUACAAAAAGCCCUAGUGGUUGAGGCUGAAAGUAAGGACAGUAAGAUUAUUAGGGAGUCCUAUAAGCACAAUAGGAGUAUAAGUGCUUUCUCCGAGGGUCAAUCAAGUAAGAAGCAAAAGCAUGAGCAGUCAGGGUUCAGGGGACAACAAUUAGUCACAUCCGCACCUACAGCUUCAGUGUCCAUGGGGUCUUUUAAACUAAAUGUUACUUGUUUUAGAUACGGAUAG